AUGCAGGGAUGUGUGAGGAAGGACAAGGCUCACCUGGAAUUGAGUCCAGCAAAGGAUAUCAAGGACAACAAGAAGGGCUUCUACAAGUACAUCAGCAGCAAAAGGAAUAUCAAGGAAAAUGUAGGGCUGCUGCUGAAUCAGAGAGUGUCUUGUUGGAUGGAAGACACAAAGAAGGUGGACUUACUGAAUGCCUUCUUUGCCUCAGUCUUUACUGCAGAGGCCAGCCCUCAGGAAUCCCAGACCUUGGAGGUGCUGAGGGAGCUGGCAGAUGUUGUUGCUAAACCACUCUCCAUUAUCUUUGAAAAAUCAUGGAGAACAGGAGAGGUGCCUGAUGACUGGAGACAAGCCAGUGCUACUUCCCAUUCAAAAAGGGCAAGAAGGAGGACUCAGGAAACUGCUGGCCAGUCAGCCUCACCCCAGUCCCCGGAAAGUCUGGAUGAAGGGAUUGAGGGCACCCUCAGCAAGUUUGAUGAUGACAUUAAACUAAGAUGUCAUCAUUGGCCACACCUACCCAUUGGGCUCUAUAAAAAGAGUAAGAAGCCCUGCAUUCCAUUGAAGUAUGUGGAGUGAUACUCCCUUUAUCCCUUCACUGUUCCCAAAGGCUCAUUUAAGCCAAAAGAAGUGUACAAGAAGGGCCCUCCUCUAUUCACCAGAAAACCUGAUGUAUAUCUUCCUCCUCUGGAAAUAAUGGACCUUUACACCACUACUCAGAUAUAUUACAAGCACCCAAAUGGUAAGCCAGCCAAGAUGUGUCAGCCUUUGGCCCACAUUAAAAAAAUUACUGAGCCAUUCAUUAGCUCUUCUGUAAUAAAAGAAGAAUAUAAGCCUUGGCUGUGCAAGAAAUUAAAACCUAUCACUCAUGCUCCGGAGCUGACUUUCCUAGCAAAAAUAAUAUAUUUCUUGACUACUUUUCAGACCCAUCAUGCACCUCAUUCGCUCACAGUGUGCAUGGCCUCUUACAAAGAUCCACCCGGUUACAUCUUUGAGGGUGAUGCUGAUGGUCACAGUCUCUAUAUCACUACUCCCAAGACCACCUGUGAGUUUAUCUUUUUCCUGCCAAGUUAUGAGAAAACAAGCACUGAUAAACGGGAACUUCGUCCUUGA